AUGGACCCCUUCAGCCCCGAAGGCGAACUCGUCAACAUCCACACGGCCUUUAUCCAAGGCCAAUACACCUCCGUCCUCUCCGACUUCACCCCCUCGGACUUCUCCCCCUCCAACGCCCUCCCCAUCCAAAUCCUACAAUUCCGCGCCCAACUCGCUCUAGGACAAAACUCCGCCGUCCUCGCAGCAAUCUCCGCCUCGGACGCGAAAUCCACCCCGGACCUCGCCGCAGUCCGCGCAUUAGCAGCAAACGACCUUGCAGCCGCCGAACAACUCGCAGAGACCGCAGGAGAUAAUCUGACGGUGCAAUUGCUUUGUGGCACACUUCUCGCAAAACAUGGAAAGCAUGAAGAAGCCCUCGCUUUACUCGCGAAACAUCAGGGAUCUCUAGAUGCAGUGGCCCUGAUCAUUCAAAUCCACCUCGCACUCAACCGCGUCGAUCUCGCGGUCAAAGAAGCCAAAUCCGCGAGAAGUUUCGCCCAAGAUGCUCUAUUGGUCAAUCUCGCGGAAGCGUGGAUUGGAAUGCGGCAAGGGGGAGAGAAUUAUCAAAAGGCAUUCUAUGUCUUUGAGGAAUUGGCCCAGGGACCAAGUUCGAGGAGUCAAAUGUCGUUGACGCAGCAGGGGGUGAGCGAAUUGCACAUGGGACGGGUGGAAGAGGCCGAAGUGGCGCUGGAUGAGGCGUUGAAGUUGGGAGAAGGGGACGAGAGUGUGUUGGCGAAUAAGGCCGUGUUAGAGACGAUUGCCGGGAGGGAUGGAGGGGAGUGGAUUGGGAAGCUGAGCGAGGAGAGUGAAAUGGUGCAGGAUUUGAAGGCGAAGAGGGAGGCUUUCCAAUUGGCCAUGGGAAAAUAUACGCCCAAGUUCGCCGCUGCUGCUGCUUGA